AUGCUGAUGGUUGGAGGGAAUGUCGCUUACGUAAGCCCCUCAACGUCGUCCAACAGUUUCAAAGUUGGAACUGGACGUGAAACCACCUCCAUACUCAAGACCAUCUUCAUGACAUCCCUGUUUCGAAUUGGACAGGUUCUUAAAGGGAGAUUAGGAAGGUACAUCAUCACGAAAGAAAUCCAGGAUACUGUCUGGUUCGCAAAGAACCAGGUAGAGGAAGCUGUAGUCAUUAAAGGCGUCCAAGGGCAUCCACGCGUGGAAAAUGAGCGAGAUGUCCUCAAACGCUUCCAAGACCGGACUCCUUACCUACGGCCUCUGAUCGACGAGAUUGAAGAGCCAUCAGAGCCUGCAACGAUUGUGUUCAAGUAUCUCGAGGAUCAUCUACUGAAUGCUUCGAUUCAGAAGACUCUGAACCGGAAAGAACUGAAAUAUGUUUCACGGCGCAUACUUGGAGCAUUGAAGGAUGUCAAACUCGACAAUAUCCUUGUAAAUUACAGCGGUGGAGAUAUCCGGUUCUCUGAUGUCCAACUUGGUGAUCUCGGGGUCACGUAUCGUGAAGAUUCCAAGUACGCCAAAGCAGGGACUCCAGUUGGGGCUCCUAUGUGGUCUAGCCCAGAAAUCAUUAUGGAAACUCCUUGGAAUACUGCGACAGAUAUCUGGUCAUUUGGAAGUGUGGUCAUCAGUCUUAUCUACGGCGGAAACUUCAACCUUUUCCGCCCCAAGACCGUGUCUUACGACCAUGAAGAGUACGGGUUAGAGGUCCUCAAAAGGCAGUUCCGAUACUUCGGCCCAUUUCCGGCGAAAUAUGAAGAGAUUGCGAGUCCAGAGACUGUUGCAGCGAUUCUGUAUCUCAUCGAUGAGAUUCCUCAGUCACAAACGACUCCGUUUGAAAGAACGACGGAAAGAGAGGUCGGCAAGAAGGAUAAAGAGUUUCUUGGACAAAUCAUGAAGUUAGAUUGGAGGGACAGGCCGACCGCGGGGGAGCUGUUGGAGAAUGAGUGGUUUAAGGAAGAUGAGGAAGAUAAGACCCUGACCUGA